AUGAAUCACGGGAUUGACAUCCUUACAAUUCGCGAGGAAGAGAGCUUGAUCGAUGUCGCAGAGAGAGUGUUUUGUCCGAGCAUUACAUGUUCGGCUUUAAUGGCAAAGCGCGAGCUCCUGAAACACUCAAACAUGGUAUUCCUUGGUGCUGAGGAGGUAGGAUUCAGAAAAUGCACGCACUGUGAGUUUGAUUUCUGCAGAAACUGCAGGACAAAAUGGCACUAUAACAAGACAUGUGAUGAGUUCCGUAAGACUAAGGAUUACAAGACAUCUCCUCAGGGCGAGUUCAAUGUUGUGGCUGAGAGCUAA